GGCAUUGAAUUUAACACUGUGAUUUUUGGUGAUGAAAAGUACAAUAAUGUUAUUCUGGAACAUUUAUACUUUAUAUUCGACCUCGUUCUUCGUCUUCGACAUUAUACUAGGCAAAAGACAAGGGGGAUUGCAAUGUUCCUAUGGACAUGAAUGGGACUAUACACUGGAAAAAUGUGUUUCGAGGAAGUCUAUUUCAAAAGCUUGCAAAGACGGAUUUUAUGGAGCAGAUUGCAAUACACCCUGUUCAAAUGGACGAUAUGGUAAACAUUGUGAGCUGAUAUGUACGUGUGCAGAACAGGACUGUCACCACAUUUACGGCUGCAAAAAAAAUCCAUCGGAAUGUGAAGUUGGGAAAAUCGGUCUUUAUUGUGAGCUACCAUGUCCGUAUCCAGCUUUUGGGAAGCAGUGCCAGAGAAAAUGCGAUUGUGGGCAGCAGCAUUGUGAUACAAAACAUGGAUGUAUAGGUGCAUCAACUCUUAAUAAAGAACACAUCACGAGUACCAGAUUUCAUGUUUUUUCUUCUAUCAGCCAGAAAACAGAAGAAAAUGCAUCGGAAAACCUCGGGAACCAUCCCAUGUCUGCUAUAAUGUCUGAGAAUGCGACUGAAAGCACGAAAAAAGUACUACUGACUGUUAUUAUGGUUCUUAUGGUUAUUGCUUCAAUAUUACUGGUGGUAUAUGUGUGGACAUUUUUCUGGAAAGUUCCUUCUGAAUCAGUUCCUUACAAUGUCUGAGUACUUUGUUAUAAAUAGACAGGUUAUUAUUGUCAAAAAGAUUAUACGUUAUCAUAUGAAAAAAAAAAUUCUAUUCACUUCACUCUCAGGUAUGUACAUAAUUGUAAAAGCAUUUCCAUCGACAAUAUUACUUAUUUCAAUACAAAGUUCA